GUUUACGGACGUCCAGACGGCUGUACUUCAGAUCAGAAGGACCCAUGCGGGGUCAUCACUUCUCCCAUGUGAUUUUCAUUACAGCAACUUGGAGUUGACUGUGGAAGGCUUAGGGUAAAAAGCUUCUUUAUUUUAUAUACAUAUAUACUUGAAUGCAAGAAGUUUUAUUUGUGAAAAGUACAAUUUCUAUAGGAUUCUAUAUUCUUUAUGUAUACUAAUCUAGUUAGUGCAUGGGACACAAAAGGAACUUCAUUAAAUACUUCAACUCGUGGUUGGCAAUGAAGUCAUUCGUACCAAGCCAGCAAAAAUACAUGAAGAAGCAAAGUAAAGACCACCCUGCUGCCAGCAUCCCCCUCUCUACUCCACCAGGGAAUAGUGGUGUGCAGGUCGACCAUGACGACCCGAGUGUGGCAUUUAAGAUGCAUUCUGGGAAUGGUCAUGCUAUAGAACAUGUCUCUCACGCCAGGAGAGAGCGGCUCACCGGCCGAGAUGCUACGGGCAAGACGUCCUCCAUUCCAGACACCACCUCCAACAGCCAGGACCGGAGGUACAGCAUGAAAGACGAGAGUGUUCAGAGGAACUCCACAUGGAUGAUGGAUUCGAGCAGCCAAGCAUAUUCCGGGCCAGAGGAUAACUCCACAGACCCACAUGAGACCCUGACAGAGACUUCAACUCUGACCUUUGUGGAUGUUCACACCCUGGAGGAGUCAGCGGAGGACUACAGCCUCCAUGGGCUCGGGAUGGUCUUCCUCAAGGAGUUUGUGCUGAUCGAUGAUGACGAUGACGGAGACAUGUCGCUAAGAGAGAAAACAGUCAUCGAUUUGUCCGUCAUGGAAGGAAAAGCUGCUGACCUGGUGUGUGGGAGGCUGUUGUCCACCUCCAGUGGCUCGGUGUCAGAGAGUAAGGAAGAACGUGCGGCUCCUGAAGCGACGCCACCCGAGGAAGUCGAGACCGCACAUGAGAAGAAACGCUGCUGUUUCUGCACUGUUUCAUGAAGCAGCACGACCCUGCAGGAGUUUGUGUGAAGCUGUUCUAGAAACUACAAACUGGUUUGAUACAUUUGUUCCUGUUGUAUUGCAGAGCAUGUCUAUAGGUAUGGUAACAGGCCAUUGCGUGAUUUUAUUUAUUUAAUGCUUCUUUGACUCAAUAUUUCGAGCACUCAUUUUACAAUGCCUUUAUUCAACAUUAAAACAGCAAACAUAUUAUAUUAUCUCAUAUUAUUUUAGCCUCAAAUGUCAGCCACCAAUGUUCUUGUUGAACUAAUUAUGAAAUAUAUACCAAGACCCAUAAUGCUUCCCGUUUGAUUCACAUUGAAAUAAUUUGAUGAUUUGGGUUUAAAUAAUAAUUUUCAAGUACAUCUCUGAAGUUUAGGAUACAGUUUUUAUACAAAAGAUAUGCACGUUCCUAUCAUAUUUUAUCUGAAUGACAGAUUUUGUGAUGACCACACAGGUUUACAAAGAUCAGGUGCUAACAACAAAUAAAGAUAUCUCCAAUGACCAACUGAUGUGUCUCUAUGUACACACUUUGCUUGGCUAACACCAACUAUAAAUAUGCACAAUGAUCACUUUGGUGUUAUUAAAUUAGAGGAACCAGUAAUCUCAAGUUGCCCUGGAUCCUGUAAUCAAAGAUGUGGAGUCUUUGCAUCUAAUAUAGCGCUAGAGAGCAAUGUUGUUAAGUACCCCUUUAUGACAAUAAGUUAACCUUGUACGUGCAUGCGUAGGAUGUCAUACAACGUCCUGCCGAGGGUUUCACUUCAUUCCACUGAUUGACCAUUAGUGGAUUAUAGGUGCAACAAAGCGUAGUAAUCUUCUCACAGCUGCCAGCUGGUACGUACGCAUGUGGAAAUGGUAAUCGAAGUUCACCGAAAACAAAAUGCAUUCAACAUGUUUGUUACCUUAAGUAGACAUACAAAUAUGUUUUGGUGAGCAACACUGAAUGUCAAUAUAUACAUGUAGGUUGUUUCCAUGAAAACUCCACAAGGCACCUGUCAGUAAACACAUAACCAGCAUCUGUGUGAAGCUUGACGUCUAGAUAGAUAGAUAGAUAGAUAUAUACUUUAUUAAUCCCCAAGGGGAAAUUUGUCGUCACAGUAGCAGCACCAAUAAACUAAACACACAAGAAUAAAAAAUAAAAUAUAAAAAAACAGGGAUGAAAGAUAUAGGAGUAUACAAAGUAAAAUAUAAAAUAAAAUAUAUAUGUAUAUAUAUAACAUAUAUGCAUACACAAUACACAAUACUAAUGACAAAUUAAAUUAAAUAUAAAAAUAUUAAAUAUAGACAGUGUGCAAAAUGAAAUGUGUGUGUAUGUGUGUAGUGUAAAUAAAUGAAAUGUGUGAAGUGCAGAUCAACAUAGUGUAAAUAUUAAGUUAUUAUUGUAGUUAUUGCACUAGGAUCUGGCAAGAGGUGAUCUGUUAUAGAGCCUCAUAGCCGCCGGCAGGAAUGUUCUCCUGUAUCUGUCUAAAGCAGGACUGAAGAGUCUGUGAGAUGUGAUGCAUUCUGCACCUGUUUUUCACCAGGUGAUUUUGGUCUGAGGUUCGCUUACACUUUAAAGUCAUAAUACAUGUUCCACUCGUGCUCUGCUUUUGUAAUUAUUGAUUUAAUACAAAUAUCGUUCACGUAUGUUCCUAUUAAGGAGGAAUCAUUCCUUCGAUGGUGCAUAUGUGAGAGCUCCCUCGUAGAGCAGCGUCUUUUCAUCAAAUCUAAAUCUCGAAUCAUCGGCUAUAAAUGGUCAAUCACCUGAAGUAACUAUUUCUGACUGAACCAGUACAUUUGGGCUUUGGGCUGGGGUUAAUCAGUUCAGUCCAGCAGGCUCUGGUGUGAGGCGGGAGCUUCUUGGUUUGAGUGACAGAGAUACCCCACCAAGGACCAUGCUUGGUUUAAAGAUAACAGCUCGCCACACUUAUCUUCCCCUCCCACAGCACGCCAACUGACACCCCAUCAGCACCUACUGCAGCCCCCGAGGAGGGAUUGUCUUUAACCACGAGUAAACAUUUGAGGAUUAUAGUAAAAAAGGAUCAAUUCAGGUAGUUCAAUAAUGGUAAUUUUAAAUAUAUAGGUCAACGGGUGGAGGUGCACUAUAACAUUCAUAAAAUGUCAUUCAUAUGAACUUGUACUUGAUGUAGUUUUCAAAGUCAUCGAGUUAAAGACCCAUAUCUAGCUGUCCUUCUUUUUACACAUGAUGAUGCGGUUAAUGUGCUUUUAAAAGAUAUCUGAAUUGCCACUAAGUUCUAUAAAAGCGUGUCCAACAGGUUCGUUGAGCCAAAUAUAGCCAUUAUCAGCCGCCGCAGCAUGAGCGUGCAGUUCACAACACAUGUGAAGUGUAACCGAAUGUGUCAGGGAAUGACUGAUAAAGCCACACACACACACACACACACACACACACAUAAAACACCAUCUGCAAGAAGAGCACUGAGAAAAGGAGCUAUUUCUCAGAGUGACUCCAGCUCAGCCACUCACAGAGUCCUCUCAAUCCUGGUUAUCAAAUCCACUCAGUGACAUCAUGGACCACAGGAUGGAAGUGAAAUACAAUAAAAAAGAAGAUGGGGAGGUUUAGUGUCUGGUGAAGGGAAGAGAGUCAGGGCGAUGGACGAGAGAAACAGAGCGAUGAUCGUGGUCAUUCUGCUCUUUGCAGAAGUUCCAGCAAAAGGUCACAUGCUGGACGUGUGUGCCACCUGCCACGCUAACGCCCAUUGUGACGACAAGUUAGACGGCUCUGGCAAAGUUUGUAACUGCAAGUACGGCUUUGUUGGAAACGGGAUAACCUACUGUCAAGAUAAAGACGAGUGUCAGAUAGGUGACAAUAAGAUCUGUGGGCAGCACACCACCUGCCAGAACACGUAUGGCAGCUACUACUGCACCUGCCUGGCUGGAUACAGCCCGUCUAACAACAUGUCUGUCUUCAUCCCAAAUGAUGGAACCCACUGCCAGGACAUCGACGAGUGCAGCAUCGCAGGCUCGUGUGGAGCGGGAGCUCAGUGCAGGAAUCUGGAGGGCAGUUUUGACUGCAGCUGCCAGCUGGGACAUCAAGUCCACAACGGAGUGGAGCCCUUCCACCCAGCCAGAGACAACGCUUCCUGCAAAGUGGUUGACUGUGGCCCGCCGGCCUCAGUGGAGGACACAGAGCUGCGGUCAGUCACAGGCACCACAUACAGCAGUGUGGCCACGUUUGUCUGUGAUGAAGGCUUUGUGUGGAGGAGUGGAGCCAACAGCUCUGUGUGUGGAGCUGAUGGACGGUGGGAAGGACCCAACAUGGUCUGUGAAGAGGAUGACUGUGGCUCUCCCCCCGCCCUGCCUCACUCUCAUGUGCUGUGGAAUAAGAGUUCGAGGGUGGGCACCAACGUGGUUUAUCAGUGUAACUCUGGAUAUCAUAAUGUUGGAACGGGCAAUGUAUCCAUCUGUACUUCUACUGGACAGUGGGAGAGACCGCCUAUGCUCUGCCAAGAGGCCGUGUGUGGAAGUCCUCCUGUGAUUGAAUACACUGAGCAGGUGUGGGACAGUCAUUCAACCCCUGGCAGCACCGUGCUCUAUGUUUGUAAAGAGGGCUUUUAUUACAAAGGAGGACUCAAUAUAUCGAUGUGUAAUGAAAACGCUCAGUGGACCCCCCCAACUCUGUCGUGUCAAGACGUGUUGUGUGGGGACCCUCCUACACUGCCUCACACUGGGCGAGUGUGGAAUGGCAGCUCCAGCCUUGGAAGCACAGUGAUUUACGACUGUAACAUAGGAUUUUAUCACAGAGAAGGAAAUAACAUGUCGUUGUGCUCAAUUAAUGGUUACUGGACAAAACCAAACAUCUCAUGCAAAGAGGUUGACUGUGGUGUGCCACCGCCCAUCCCCCAUUCAAUCAUGCUGUGGGAUCAAAUCUCCACUUUGGGCUCUCAGGUGGUUUAUCAGUGUAACUCUGGAUAUCGCCGUGUAGGAGAGGGAAACGUAUCCGCUUGUACUGCAAGUGGAGACUGGGUUGGAGCCUCUCUGCUCUGUCAAGGUACUCAUGACAUUAAACUCACGCAAUGGAGUCUUGGGUUACCUGACCUCAGGAAAGGUUAUCAUGCAAUCUUCAUGUCGGCAAUAUUACAUAAUUUCCAUGAUGUAGUUGAACUAAAUGAAUGUUCCUGUUCAACUGGGAUUACAACCACAACAUGUGUACAUUACCCUGCAAUGACUUGCUGUCUUGUUGUUGUAGAAAUCAGUUGUCAAGAGCCUGUUUUUAAACCUCGUGCUAAGACGAUGUGGGACGGAACAUCACACAUUGGCACUGUGGUGCAUUACCAAUGUGAGGAAGGAUAUUACACCUCUGGCCUGAGAAACUACUCCGUGUGUGGAGAGAAUGGACUGUGGGAGGACAUUGAUCUCUGGUGUGAAGAAGUAAGCUGUGGCCCCCCACUAACACUCCCCCAUACUAACCUGGGGUGGGAUGGCACCAGUAGGCCGGGCAGCGUGGUGCUGUAUGAGUGCGUGGAGGGAUUUUACCAGAUGAGUGGAAACAAUAUUUCGACAUGUUUACUAUCAGGACAGUGGGGGAAAGUAUCUGUGAAGUGCAAAGCCAAAUGUGGCCCGAUUCCCAUCGUUGCCCAAUCAGAGGUGAUGUGGCAUAACAGGAGUGUUGUGAUCUACCGCUGUGUGGAUGGAUACCACAGCUGGAGGGGCAGCUACGUGUCUGUGUGUGGCAGCUCAGGGGAGUGGCUGGGAGCUACACUGAGAUGCAUCGAAAUAAAGCCACCUGUCAAUCACCUUUCUGUCCUCAAUGAAAAAUGUCUGCAUUGGAGAGCAGAGAAGUAUGAGGAGGAUGAAGAAGUAUACAAGGUGACAUACGUCGGAUCCAGAGACUACGAGAGGUCCUUUCAUGAUAGAGGGAAGCGGCGUCUGAGCUCUAAGGCAGACCAGCUGGAACUGUGUCUGAACCUGCUUCCAGUCACAAACUACAGCAUCUCCAUCACCGCACUGUCUUCGCGAUUCACUGCCACCAUCUCCACUAACACCAGUUUAACAGUGCCUCCAGCACCAGUUGUCUACUACAGAGAAUUUGAGACUCCUGUCCCAACGUUGAGGCUACGAAGAUCCCCCAACACACUGGACACAAUCGGUGUGUACCAGGUGUUUGUGCUUCCUGUCGAGGGCGUUGUGAUGUUUGACUGUUCCUCUCCUGUGAGCUCAGGCAUCUCCAUCAAAAUAAAGUCCUCCACAGAGUACAUCACGGCCCAGAUUGAUGUCGGACAUAUCAGGACAGACAUGAACUUUACUGUAGGAGAUGGACUCUACUAUGGAGGCUUCUUUAAUGCACCACUGGAGAACGGCAGGAACUAUUACAUCAUCUUACGAGCCGUCAGUCGGUGGAAAUCGACUUUAAAAAGUUCCUGCGUCCUGUGGGCUAAAGUAAAAGGUACAUCGUAUGUUCUGAGGGUUUCAUCUCUGUGUGCUGCUGCAUCCAUAGGACUGGUUGCCUUGGUCCUUUUGGGUGGCUACUGUUUCACCUGGUAUGGAAGAUGGUGUUAAUGUCAUUUUAUGUGUAAAACAACUGUUUAUUUAUUAAUUCAAUAAAACGUUCACAGUGCAAAGUGAUUCUAGUGUUUCUGUAAUUUUCAAAGAUGAAAUACUGUGGAUAAUUCAGUUUUUAUAUUAUUGGUACAUUUUAAUGAACUAAUAGUUCAAAACUCUUUUUUUAUUUUGACAGAAUACAGUAAUCCUGCAUAGUGACGGUGGCCCGUUGUAUUCCAUGAUAACUGUAACUUCGAUGUUUUGCACACUUUCAAGUAGAAGAUGGCACUUGAAAUUGUAAUCUAAUGACCUGGUUUCCCUCUGUGUUAUUUUUCAGGUUUUUCAAGAGGUCAUAACCUCCCUAAUUUUCACUAUAACUAAUUAUGGAUUUAUGGUAUUACAGUCUUGACUUCCCAUCUGUGCAUUUUAUUUUGUCAUUUUUAAAAAUAAAUAAAAUAAACUUC